AGACCCGAACCAAACGUCGAACGACUUGAUUGGCGAGUUGUUUCUUAGUGUAUAGAAAUAGAAAUAAUUGUAUUGUUUAAAACCGUUUGUGUUUGAUUUUUGUGAAUUGCGUUUAUUUGAUGAUUCAUUUUCAAUAAAUAUUAUAUUUUAACAAUACUUAGUAGUUGUAUAAUUUUUAUUGGAAAAAAUAUUUUAACGGCUAAUUUACGUGAACAAUUUACUGGAGUGUACCUGCUGUCUGUGAUUACAUAUGUGAUAAGUGUUCGGCGGUAUGUGACGAUACGCCGUGUGUAUAAAGUUAUUCGCGCUUGAAAAUUAUGACCGUUUCAUAUUCAAGACUUGUAGCCAAUGGAAGUAGUUUUGGAUGUUUUGGAAGCAUACUUUGCAAAUGGCGCGGGAGUGUGUACAAGUUAGUAUGGAGAGAGUUAGCUGCUUAUUUAAUGGUAUACUUUGCCAUAAAUCUGGCUUACAGGUUUGCAUUCACGGAAACUCAACAAAAAUUAUUUAUCAAAGUUCGCAGCUAUUUAGCAGGUCAUUCAGCAAGUGUUCCUUUGACAUUUGCUAUGAGCUUUUACGUAGGCUUAGUAGUAAAACGAUGGUGGGAGCAAUACAGAUUACUUCCUUGGCCAGAUACGUUAGCCCUGUUUGUUAGUGCUGCUAUUCCAGGAACUACAGAUGAAAGAGGACGACUAAUGAGACGAAAUAUAGUGAGAUAUGCAGUAUUAGCUUAUGUAAUUACAUUAAAACACGUGAGCAUCAGGGUAAAAAAACGAUUUCCUACGUUACAACACAUUGUUGACGCCGGUUUGAUGAUGACAAGUGAAAAAGAAAUUUUAGAAUCGAUAGAGGCCAAGACUCCGAUGACCAAUUAUUGGAUACCAUUAACAUGGGCCAACAACAUUAUAAAUAGGGCCAGAAGAGAAAAAUUAAUAUCCAACGAUCAAAUGGUCCAAACAAUAUUGUUGGAGAUGUCCAACAUAAGGUUCAGACUGGGAUCAUUGAUUGGUUACGAUGGUGUCAACAUACCAAUACUCUACUCUCAGGUGGUCACGUUAUCGCUGUACGCUUAUUUUGGCGCUCAACUAAUUGGUGCCCAAAUGGUGGAACCGCCAGUCGAGUGGGGAUUUAAAGACUUUAAAGAGUUUGAUCUGUACGUGCCAGUCCUUACGAUUGUUGAGUUUUGUUUUUUUGUCGGUUGGCUCAAAGUAGCUGAAGUUUUAAUCGGACCUUUUGGAGAAGACGACGACGAUAUUGAAUUGAAUUGGCUGAUCGAUAGACAUAUUAAGGCCGCUUACAUGAUUGUCGACGAAAUGCACGAAGAACACCCAGAACUUCUGAAAGAUCAGUACUGGGAUGAGGUGGUGCCUAAAGAUUUACCGUACACAGUCGCUUCAGAACAUUACAGGCGUCAUGAACCAAAAGGAUCUGCUGAGUUUUACAAAGUUAAAGAAUCUGACGCUUUGUACGCAAACAUGGCUCCUCCAAAUAUUCUCAGAAAGUCUGCAGCACACGACGAUAUGUACGCUGAUUAUGAAAGUGUUGAUACACCUAUGGCCGAACGACGAAAAAAUUGGUUCCAGAGACAAAUGCAUCGAAUGGGAUCGAUGAGAUCUUCAUCUACAACGUAUUCAUCUGGGGGCCUGUUUAAUAGAACUAGGCACAAUUCUGUGUACUCCAGUCCAGAAAACGGUAUUCCCGUAGGAGCCGUUAUUAACGGCCAUGUAAGUGGCGUCAACACAAGUACUCCACAAAUGCAAAAAAUGACACUUUAUGAUCGUUUAUGGGGUAGGAAAUCGAUGAAAAGUAGACGCGGUAGUGUACAAGGUUCUAACAAGAUGAACGCAAGGGGAAGACCUAGGAUUCCUACUCCGGACGUGCAAAAGGAUAACUAUAUUACCGAUAAGGAAAAUACCAAGCAAAACGCAUCAGUCAAUGGAUCCGUUCAGUCAGGACUGCAUCCAUCGGAUAUACCGGUUGUACAGGUUGUACUGUCGCCGAUUCAGGAGAACCCAGGAACUCUAAGACAGCACAGAGGACAUAAUAACGUUAGCCAGGGUGUGCUGAAUCCAGCAUUUAAUAACGCUGCUCUCAACAGUACCACAGUAUUUACUACAAGACCCAUGACCGUUUCUAUGAGUCCUAUAGCUUUGUCUACGGUGUCCAUGAGCCAACCUCUACUAACUUCUUUAGGCAUAACACAUUCAACAACUAGUAUCAAUGAUAACAACAACGGUAACAUCAUAAACGCCAUACCUUCUUUAGUACUCACCGACAUCACUUCCACGAGUGGCGCACACUCCGAUAAGGAUGACAGUGCUUGCGGGGGAAGUUCUAGCGGCAGCGUGUCUAGUACUGAUGAGCGCAAAACACCAGCGUCCAACAGACGCAAGAGAGGAGAAGUGUACGUGUAACAAAACGCCGUACUAAAUUUCAAUUUAUCAUUUGAGACCACGCAAUUAUCUGCAGGAUUUACCUUUAAAUUACAACUAUUCUUCGUCUGUUCUAGUUCAUUGUACUGUCUAGAAGAACUUUAAUACUUUUAUAAUAUACACCGCAAAAUACGAUAUCACUUUAAAGAUAAAUCGUUUGGAUUACUAAUUGUCACAAAGUUGCUCAACUGUUUCUUAAGUCGCUAUCGUAUUGGUUUUGGUUUUUUACUAUAAACUUUGAUUUUUAACAUAUGUAUUAUUAUCAUCUUUAAAUUUAUUAGAAACUACGACAAUUUUUUAUGCAAACAACCUUUGUAAACAUUUAAAAUUUUUAUUGUAUAUUAACCUUAUAAACAAAUUGUGAUAAGUCCAAUCAAAAAUUACACCGUCCAAAAUUUCGACUAAAUAUGUAAUUGUAA